AAAACAAACUCCUAGGCAAAUUUGCUGCAAAUUCUCACAACUAGGGAGCAAAAGAGACGGCGAGUAGAACGAAACAAACCUCUUGUUAUAAUCGUUAUGUCAGCCAGGCUAUAAUUUUAAUAUUUCUUUAUAUACCAGAACCAGUAGCAUUUUUACAGAUGAACGAUUUUUAUCGAACAAUACGUACGCAUGUUAGCGGUUGUAAAUAAUUAUGAAUGGGCGUGUUGCAGCACGGUGAUUGUGUCGGACGCUGAACAACCACCACCAUGAGACACGAUGUGGACGACAGCGGCAUCGAAAGUGAUCCAAGGUCGCAGCCAACACUGGAUGAUAAGCUCUUCAUGGGCAGCGACAGCUCAUGCAGUAGCACGGCCGUGGCGACUCCUCAGCGCAACAUCAAGCAGCUGCACAAGAAGCUAGAACAGAGAAUAGAGCAAGCCAAGAAGACUCAGAGGAUCCAGGAGUACAAGAAGAAUGCCAGCCUGAUCCCGAUACAGAGGCUGCCCGUUCCGCACAAGUCGAACAGCGCCCGUGAGCAGCAGCCGCUGGUCGACUGGCAGUCGGACGACAGUGACGAUGAUGUAAACUUCUUCCCGCUUGCCCGCAUCAAGGAUGGAAAGCAAGAAUUGACGGACACUUUCAGCAUUGAGGCCCUGGACGUGUCUCCAGAUGAAGAUGACCUAGAUCUCCUGCCACCACAGCCCGUGUACGAGCGCCGCCUGUGCUGCGUGGUUCCAUCUGGCUGGCGCUGUGUGCUCAUAUGAGCUCCCUGCUGCACAACAGUCACCACAGCCCGUGUACGAGCACCACCUGUGCUGCGUGGUUCCUUCUGGCUGGUGCUGUGUGCUCAUAUGAGCUCCCUGCUGCACAACAGUCACCACAGCCCGUGUACGAGCGCCGCCUGUGCUGCGUGGUUCCAUCUUGCUGGCGCUGUGUGCUCAUAUGAGCUCCCUGCUGCACAACAGUCACCACAGCCCGUGUACGAGCACCACCUGUGCUGCGUGGUUCCUUCUGGCUGGUGCUGUGUGCUCAUAUGAGCUCCCUGCUGCACAACAGUCACCACAGCCCGUGUACGAGCGCCGCCUGUGCUGCGUGGUUCCUUCUGGCUGGUGCUGUGUGCUCAUAUGAGCUCCCUGCUGCACAACAGUCACCACAGCCUGUGUACGAGCGCCGCCUGUGCUGCGUGGUUCCUUCUGGCUGGUGCUGUGUGCUCAUAUGAGCUCCCUGCUGCACAACAGUCAUCACAGCCCGUGUAUGAGCGCCACCUGUGCUGCGUGGUUCCUUCUGGCUGGCGCUGUGUGCUCAUAUGAGCUCCCUGCUGCACAACAGUCACCACAGCCCGUGUACGAGCACCUCCUGUGCUGCGUGGUUCCUUCUGGGUGGCGCUGUGUGCUCAUAUGAGCUCCCUGCUGCACAACAGUCACCACAGCCCGUGUACGAGCGCCGCCUGUGCUGCGUGGUUCCAUCUGGCUGGCGCUGUGUGCUCAUAUGAGCUCCCUGCUGCACAACAGUCACCACAGCCCGUGUACGAGCACCACCUGUGCUGCGUGGUUCCUUCUGGCUGGUGCUGUGUGCUCAUAUGAGCUCCCUGCUGCACAACAGUCACCACAGCCCGUGUACGAGCGCCGCCUGUGCUGCGUGGUUCCUUCUGGCUGGUGCUGUGUGCUCAUAUGAGCUCCCUGCUGCACAACAGUCACCACAGCCUGUGUACGAGCGCCGCCUGUGCUGCGUGGUUCCUUCUGGCUGGUGCUGUGUGCUCAUAUGAGCUCCCUGCUGCACAACAGUCACCACAGCCCGUGUAUGAGCGCCACCUGUGCUGCGUGGUUCCUUCUGGCUGGCGCUGUGUGCUCAUAUGAGCUCCCUGCUGCACAACAGUCACCACAGCCCGUGUACGAGCACCACCUGUGCUGCGUGGUUCCUUCUGGGUGGCGCUGUGUGCUCAUAUGAUCUCCUUGCUGCACAACAGUCACCACAGCCCGUGUACGAGCGCCGCCUGUGCUGUGUGGUUCCUUCUGGCUGGCGCUGUGUGCUCAUAUGAGCUCCCUGCUGCACAACAGUCACCACAGGCUGUGUAAGAGCAUUACCUAGCUGACAGUGUUUAUGUUGAAGGGCUUAAGUUUUGUUUGCUGCUUAUGUACCAUACCUUCUCAUAAACCAACACCCUAAUGGGUGACAGAGAGCAGGAAGGAAAUGGGAUCGUUACUAACAACCAACAACAUUCCCCAUGUAAUAAUUAAAUGAAACGUUGCAAAUAACUGUUAGGCUUAACUGUUAAAUGGCUUAUGUUUGUGACUGUUUCUACACAUCAUUUAACUUGGUGCACAUAAAUAAUAUGCUAAGAAGAGGAUGUGAUACAUGUUGUGUCAAUGAUGGUCUCAUUCCCAUUUACCAUCAACUUUAUAUGGAUCAAAAUACUUACAUUUCAGUUACAAAUAUCAUUCUAAAGAGUCUUUGCAGGGCAAGUGCUAUAAUUCUUGCCAACUCUGAGUUAUGUUAUUUACUGAUGCUUCUUUAUGAAAGGUAAAUGUUGAUAGGUUGACUUAGUUGAGACUUUCUAUUAUUUUAUCGCACAAUAGUCACUUUCUGAUGCUUUAAAAUUGAAUAGACAUGAUUCGAAUCACGUACUUACAUCACAAGCACCUGAUGGACUUUCAGCGUAAACCUGUCAGUUAAAUUUAAUGUUAUUUUGAAGGAACUAUCGUUAAGGCACUGACAGGGAAUGUAACAUUAAUUCUGUGGCAGUCCUGCACCACCAAACAGAUGGGGCACUCACUUGACCUCGAAGGGAGUCUGCCACCUUCACAUUCCUACAGCAGGGAGUACCAGUAGUAAUUUGCCAGUGAACAUUAGCAGUCUUCAACGGUUGGCUGGGUCCAGCUCUGCACCCUGAGUCGCGUGACAGACUGAGAGCUCCUGGCUCAGCACACACCAGACCGAACUACAACCUCGUGGUCUCUCUCUCCACCCUCCUUUAUAGCAGUCGCUCGCUGCACACACUUGCCAUCGGUUCCUCAGCAGUCCGAAGUCCAUGUGCCGCACAGCCGAUACCAACGCUCCUAGCUAGUGGCCACUGCGGCACUCGUCUUAACCAGCUCAUUCGUAGUCCGAUGACACGUCAAAUAUCACUAGUCCUGUGUACGAAAAAAUUAAAUAGUCCAAGCCAAGAAUUAAAUACACACAAACUCACAGCCCUACAAAAGAAUUUUUAAUAGAAUACAUAUUCAUCAACACAAAAAAAGUUGCAUGUGGCGAUGAUGUGACAAACUGAUAGUUACAGCUAUGUUGACAUGAGAAGCACAGAUGCUGUGUAGUAAACCAGACAGUCAGUGAUCCUAGGCAGUCCUGUGUGGAUGAGCAGUUUGCUGGUAGCGUCCAUGUUUGGGGGCAUGCUCAAUGUCUAGUUCACGGGCAUACGACUAUAACUUAGACAUAUAUUCAAAUGUAAAGGAUGCUCCAUUAGGGAGGCUCCUUCGCUGCUAGUCACUGGUGCAUACGCAUCAAUUCUUGUUGCUUGUUUUGUUAGGGAUGUCUAGGGCUGUUCAGAAUGCUUUGCAGGGACAUGGUGAACUUUCGACCUGCUCCGAACUUGUUAAUAUGUAUGACGUAUGAGGAAUUGUUUGGGGAUGUUGGAGCAUCAUUUGAAAAUAACCUUCUAGUACUUACUGUGUCUGCUUUGUUCUCAUCCUUUCAGUACAAUUUUAGGAUAAAUUAAUUUUACUCAAAUUGUAGUGUUUUUGCUUUAUAAAAUUGGAUUGCUCAGAAAUAAAUAGCAUUUUUUUGGGGUGGAGUUGAGUCCCGUCGUAUCUCUGCCUGCAAUUUUGCGGCACUGGUAUGAUGUAGGUCAACCUCGAUGCUAAAGAAUCUGAGCAAGUAUUUGUGUAAUUAAUUACAUGCUGUGAUAUAUUUAUUUGUUCCAGAAAUGAUCUCAAAAUGCAUUUAUUUUAUUGUAGUAAAAAUUACAUUAGUGCAUUUUUUUUUGUAUUUUUUGUUAAUGUAAUUUUUAAACUUGAAAUGGACAGAGACUGUAAGAAUUGAAAUGAGUAGUUUCAGCUCAACUUAUUCAUUUACUGUAUUUUAAUUAAAUACUUGACAUGAGCAACAAGCAUAAAAUAACUUUUCACUAUUUAUCAAAACUUUGUAAAAAAAAGCUGGAAAACUUAAAAAUAUUGUUGGAAUGGAUGGCCUGUGGCACUUCAUAGAGGUUUAAACAGAAACAAAUUGUAAAAAGAAAUUGUAAUAUAUAAUAUUAACUUUUUUUAACCACUGAAUCAAUUUAUGUUUUUGCUUGGCACAAACAUAGCAUCAUGAAAGUGAUAAGUCUUUUAUCUACGUAGGUAGUUUUGAUCAUAUACGUAUUUUAAAGAAGAAUGCUUUAUUUAUAUACCUUAUAGGCUCAUGAAUUUAACACCUAGUUAAAUUUCACCCAGUUUUUGGAAAACCAGUGAAUGACACUAGAAAAUGUCUAGUGUUGUCGCUUAUGAUGUCGGCAAAAUGAUUGUUAACAAGAAAAGAAACAGGAAAAAAGGAAAAUAAUUAAAAUUUAACCUUUUACUGGUUGUUACACUUUUCAUUUUGGUGUUAAAUUUUAUAGUUUAUUCUCAGUUUUGUUAAACAUUUCCCUGGAAUUUAUUUAAAGGAAAUUACUUUAAAAUAUCAGCUUUUCCAGAAAAAAAAAUUCCAAAAAGGUAUUUUUCAGUUCUUCUCUUGUUUCUUGAAUUUACUUCCAAUGGAUGUAUUUAAUUUAACACUAAUUUUUAAAAAAAAAUUCAAUUUUCAGGAGGGUGAUAAAGACAAGGGAGAUUAAAGAUAUGCAAUAAAUCAUAUAUAUUAAUGGAAUUACAAUAUAUUUAUACCAAACUGACCCGUUCAAACGAACCUUCCACCUUCUAGCCUUAAAAACAACACAGUUUUCUCAAAUAAAUCUAAAUGAAAAAGCUGCCAGAUAGAAGUGUAAAAUAAUACAGAGAAAAGAAAACCUUUUCUGAGUUACGGCACGGUUCACACAAACAUUCACGUGCUUCAGGAAAAAGAUGCCAUGCUUGUGCAAUCAUUACCAAAGAAAAACUUUAACUGCUCCAUCUUAACUAAAAUUUAUUUUUACUGAACUCUGUUAAGCUCGACCCAACAAUUUGCAGAUUGGUCCAGUUUUAUUUUAAAUUGAUUUGGUAUUUAUUGUAUUGCUGCUGUUGACAACAGUGCCAGACAACUAUUUUGCAUUCAAAAUUUAUCAAGUGUAUGACUAGUCUAUUUAAUACUUCUGUUAAGUUUGUUCAAUGUUGUUUUAAAGAUUUUAUAAAAAUCACAAUGUUAAAUGAUUGUAUGUAGAAAAUUAAAUGUUUACUAUGUAUCUAGUAUUAAUAAAAUAUUUACACAUUGCUUACCAA